GGGCACGAGAGAGGGGGGAGGGAGGCUGGCUUCCGGUUCCGGCCGGGCCUGAACGAGUUGCGGCCUGGCGGUGGGUUCAGUUGGGUUCCACUCACUCCGACCGUGCCACGCCGGGACCAGCCUUGUUUGGGGAGCGAAGGAAGCAGAACUGCCUGGGCGGAUGCAAUCUUCAGAGCCGGAGCUGCUGGCAUCAGCCCCGCCACCACGGCAGCUGUACUUUUGUCCGUUUUGCCCACGGACGUUCCUGUACCCGUCGGACUUGGAGCGCCACAGCAUCACCCACUCAGAGAGCAAACCGUAUGUGUGCCGCGAGUGUGGCAAGGCCUUCAAGCGCUCCUCACAUCUUCAGCGGCACAAGCACAUCCAUACUGGUGAAAGACCCUUCAUCUGCCCGAUCUGCCGCAAGGGCUUCCAGGAAUCAGGUGAGCUCUUGCGCCACCAGCGAGUCCAUACGGGGGAGAAGCCCUACCAGUGCCAGAUUUGCCGGCUGCGCUUCACAGAACGCAGCACCCUUCGCCGGCACGCCAAGCGGAAACACGCCCGGGAGACCCACUACCAGCGCUCAGUCGAGGAAGGAGACUGGGAAUCAGAAAUGGUGCCUGGAAGUGGUGAUUGGGGGACAGAGGACCUUGGCAAUAGCUGGAGCAAUGAAGCAUCAGAGGACUGUGUUGGGGAGGGGAACCAGUGGGGGGAAGCUGUAGAAGGCGGGAGAGGAAACAGUCCCAUAAUCAUUUCACACCUGCCUGAGACUGAACAUAUCAAGGACAAAGACAAACUUGGAACACAACUUCCAUAAAUGCACAAAGCCUUGGGGCACCAGGAAUAAAGGCAAACGGGGAACUGCAAUUUUGCCUUGCAGUUUAUCUAAAAGGACCUAGACCUUUGCAAUGGCACUCAAGAUGGACAUGAACAUAAGGAUGAGACUCUAACCUCAAGGACUGCUCUAGAACAGAGGAAUAUGAAUGCAAUAGCAUUGCCAAAGACUGGAGAUUUCUGUUGGUGGGCAGAGCGUCGUGGCUGCCCACUCCUGUGAAUGAAUAUACAAUAUCAUGAUAUCCAGAGUUAUUGUUGAACUGGAGGAAGAGCCUCCUGUAUUAACCUCUCUACAGGGUGGAGGAAAUGGAACAGAGAAUUUUGUUCUGUUAAGUAUCUUGUGAUUUUCAAGAUAAAUGAGUGCUGAGAUAAUUAUGCUCCUCUCAUAAUUGUACCAAACAAAACAUUGAUAUUCGGUAAUCUUCUGCAAGAUGAAUUGUCAAUUUCCAAGUUUUUGUUUUUAAAGUUUCCUUUUUAAGAUCAGCCUUUAUGGAAUAGGACAUUUUCAGUUCUCAAACAUUUCAAUGAAAUAACAUGUGCAAAAGAACAAUA